UUUCUGUAUGUGUCAAUAAGGGUGUACCUUGGAGAUUUUUCAUCCUUUAUGUCUAAGGGUGGUGGUCUGCUGCCACAGACAGUAUUCUGUCUCAAAUUCUGGAUCUCAUGCCUUGGGUUUGCAACCUGUAGUGAGCCCAGGAAUGAAAUGACUCCCUCCACGCCCAUCUCCGCCUCCUCUGUCUCACUCUUCUCACCCUCCCCCACUGAUCAUCACCCUGGUGGUCUGCAUUCAAGAAGUUUGUUCGUUCCCGACUUUGUUCAUGCAUCGAAGCGCUCCAAUCUUUCCUUUGGGGGAAAAAAAAGUGGAUUGGACAGAAACUUUGUUCAAAAUUAAUAAUAAUCAUUCCGGGGAAAUCAUCUGGAAACCGCUGAACUCAAGGUAUUCAGCAAUGAAGUGUUAAUGAAAGGUAAACCGGUUUGACCACAUCAGGGUGUGAAAAUGGCUUCCAGACAGCAGCUCCGCAGCUUGACCGAGGAGGUCAUUUGUCCCAUUUGUCUGGAUUUCUUCAGGGACCCGGUUUCACUGGAGUGUGGACACAACUUCUGUCGCUCCUGCAUCACCCAGUGUUGGGAAAAUGGGCAGAGACAUUCCUGCCCGGAAUGUAGAAGUGAAUUUCCCGAAAUUAGCCUGAGAGUGAACUGGGCCUUAUCGAGUCUGGCCGAGAAAGCUCGAACAUUAAAUUUGGAACCGCAGAAAGAGGAAUGUAAACUUCAGUGUGAGCAUCAUCAGGAAGAUUUGAAGCUGUUCUGUGUAACUGAAAAAAAAUUGAGCUGUUUAAUUUGUCGUGAUUCGCGUCAACACGCACUCCACAAAUUCCUACCGAUUAAAGAAGCAGUUGAAGUCUAUAAGAAUCGGCUGAAAUCUUCCAUUGAUUCUCUCACAGAGAAGAAAUCGGCGGUUCUCGAAACGGAACUGACCCAGAAACGGAAGAUUUCCGAAGUGAGGGAACAGGCGAGCAGUCUGCAGACCCACAUCACAUCCCAGUUCACUCAAAUGUACCAGAUUCUCACUGAGAAAGAGCAGCGUUUACUCAGAGAUCUCAGGGAAGAAGAGGAGAGGAUUGUAGAGUCAAUGGAGAAAAAUCUUCAAGACAUCCGCCUGAAAUUAAGUUCCAUUGAAGUGAAGCUCUCAAAGUUACAGAAACAGAUGGAGGAACAGGACGAGCUGAUAUUUCUGAAGGAGGAGGCUUGUCAGAAGAAAAGUAUUAAGGAGGAGUACCAGCCACUCUCAGUAAGAAAUACCACCCUGUCUACCGGAAAAUUCAAUGGUCCUUUACAGUAUACAGUGUGGAGAGAAAUGAUGGACAUCAUUAGCCCUGUUCCAGCCUCUCUGACUCUGGAUCCAAACACUGCAAAUCCCUGCCUCGUCCUGUCCCAGGACCGAACCAGAGCGCAACUCGGAGACAAGCCAACUGAACUUCCGAGAAAAGUGACACAGUUUGAUCAGUGUACUUGUGUCCUUGGAUUGGAGGGAUUCACAUCAGGGAGACACUACUGGGAGGUGGAGGUGGGAGACAAGACUGAGUGGGGCUUGGGUGUGGCCCGAGAGUCUGUGGAGAGGAAGGGGGGUAUUGACCCAAGACCGGAGACAGGAUAUUGGGUUGUGUGGCUGAUUCCUGGGAGUGGUUAUUUAGCCGGCACUUACCCCUCAUGGAUCCGCCUGAGCACAAAUGUGAAUCCCUGGAAGAUGGGGGUUUUCCUGGACUAUGAGGGUGGACAGGUGUCAUUUUACAAUGCGGACACCAUGUCUCAUCUCCACACUUUCACCCACACUUUCACUGAGAGGAUCUUUCCCUUCUUUCAUUUGGGAUCAAAUGAUGACAGGAAAAACUCUGCCCCGCUGACAAUCUGUGGAAUUAAAGGGCACUGACAGAUCCACCUGAUAAUCUGACCCCAUCCUCUUGCCUCUUGCCAACUGUAACCUGAUGGGUGUGGGUCUCAGUGACAGGUGGAGAGAGAGGUUAACAUUCCGGGAAUAAACCCUGUAUCGGAACUAGGAACUGAAAGAUCAGCAAGGAUCUGUGUAGGGCUGGGGGAAAGAAGGAGGGGGAGAGAAGAAACAAAUAGAAGCUCAGUUGCAGAGAGGGACUUACUGGGUAGAAUGAGCUGUGAGCUGCAGGAAACCGGGGACCUUCCUGACUGUAAUGUUGCUCCAUGGUUGGAUGUUUCAGUGCAACAUCACUGUUGCGAGUGCUAGACAAUAGAAGCUGCACAUCAUUUUAAACAAUGCAGUUUGGUUCCCCAUCAGACUUUAGACAUAAAUCAAAAACAAAGUUUGUUUCAUUUUCUCCUUACUCAAUGCUCUACAUCCUUACUGUUGUAGCAGCUCAUGAUCUAAAGCAGACAAAAUGGCCACGUGGGGCUUUUUCUUUAGCUAGCACAAGAUCGUCAAAAGGGUUUGACAGUUCCAUACAGCAGAUGUUCACAGCUAGGUCGGUAGUCUCCAUAUAGAUAUACUGGAUAAGGUGAAAUUCUCCAUUGAAAGAAACAUAAGGGAAGUUAAUCAGGUUUCUGUCAACAGACAGUUUUAAACAUACAAACAUUUUAAUAAGGAGCAUUUUUGAAAGGUCUUGUUUACCCACAAUCCCAAGCAUGUUAUAUAGUAAGAAGUAGAAAAAAAAGUAUGAUCCUAUUGUAUUCUGAAUUUUUUAGGUGAUUGUAGAAUUAGAAAGGCAGACACCAAACUAAUGUGAAAAGGUUAGUUGCAUUCCUUUAGCAAAUGAUUCAAUGGCAGUAAAGAGAACUAUUGUGUUAUUUGGGAAGAUAAAGUGAUAAAUACUCUGAACAAGAACUCCAAAAAACACCAUUGGCACAGGAGGAGGGCAGAGAAUGAUUGUAAAAAGAUAGAUCACAACUGGGGUGAUAUAAAUAAUUGAAAAUUAAGUGCAAAUAAUUCAACAAGUUCUUUCAUCCAAAGAUCAAAGGAAGAGUGAUAGAGUUACAAAAUAUAUAAAUUGAAGAUGUGGUUAUGUUCUCUUAUUAGUUGUUGAAUCUAAACAAGUUUUGCUUAAUAGGUUGGUAAAGUCAUAAGUAAUUGAAGUUCACCAUCAUCAGUGGAAUUCAAACAAAUUACUUUUAUUAAGAAAAGAUAAUUAGCAAUGGAAAGUGUUUCGAGUAGAAAUAGAAAGGAUUUAUUUGAAAGUGAAACUUUAGUUUAAAAAUCACUUAUAGCAUGCCAAUAGUUGGGGUCAUAAGUUGCAAGUUGUUUGUUUAUUCUCUCAGGCUGAAGUUAGAGAGAGGUUGUUCUCAAUUUGUCAGCUAUGACACAGUAAGUUCAUAUUAGAUUUGUUUUUAAAGACUUUAUAAUAAUUGGUAGAGAUUUGUGACAUUAAAAUUAGCAUAGAAUUUGGAAGAGUUCUUAGUGAAAAGGAACUAUUUAGCUAAUUGGAAAAUAAUGCGGUACAGCCGGAAAAUGUUUGGGAAGGUGUAAAACUGUCAGAAACAUUGUAAGAUCCUAAAGACAGAUGAUGGAGGUAUCUAGUUAACAUCAUGAGAUUAUGGGAGGACCUAGAGCUGUCCAUGGAGUUGCCAAUCAUUGAUCAUGUAUGCAGUGGACUGGAUGUAUAUAUUAGGGGGAUGUGGCUAACAAUGAUGUCAAUGUUGCAUGUAAUUAUUGUAAUGGGAAGGUAUAAAAAUGUUGUAUUUCACUGGACAAUGCAAAGCAUAAUUGACUUCCAAUCUGAACUGUAAUUCAGAGGGCAACUGGGCUCCACGUGAAAGCCAGAUUCGGGGUGGUCUCUGGCCUCUCCCACAUAUGUGGCAAUAGAGCUCUGAAUAAAGAUAGCUUGUGCUAAGGAACAUAGACCUUAAGAUUACUCUUUGAUAUUUCUCCCUACAACACUUACAAAAGCACUCUCCAUGAUUAUUGACCCCAGGCAUACAAGCACUUAUUCAAGAAGAAUAUUUGUUUGGAACAGGCUCUACAUCCAUCAUCACCUUGUGUAGAAACUUGAGAAGGCCCUCCUGAUUUGAGAUGACAAUCCCUGUGGAAUCAUAGCACAAAAUAACAAAUUUCAGCCCAUUUGACUGCCCAGCACUUUGAAAAGAUAAUUUGCGGUCCCAUUCUCUCACUCUUCUCCUCUGGUUCUCAUAUAGUGUUAACCUUGAAGUUUUCAUUCACAACUCAUUUGAAAGUUGAAAUAAUUGCCCUCACCUUUCCUUCUUGAUAAUAAGUUACUGUGUGUAACUUCCUCCUCAUACUUUCUCUAGUUCUUGUGCAAAUACUAAGAUCCAUUUCUGCACCCCGACUGUUAUUCUGAAACUGUGUCUCAGCAGCAAGCCAACCCGGACCUCCCAUUUGUAGAUAAACACACCAAGCAGUGCUCAGUAAUUCUGGCACCACUUCCCAAUUUAAACACAACCACUGCAAGCAGAUAAGUGAGAUAUAUUUGUUUCAGUGUUCAUGUUGUUAGUGUAUCUGGGGGUUGACCAGAAUAUUCUUUAUAGUUUUGUAAUAGGGUAGAUGCUUAAUUAGAAAGUGUACCUUCUGAAAUAGAAUUACCAUGUACUCCAACUAAUAUGUGUAUACAUAUGUAUUUUGACCCUAAAUAGUUCAGCAUUCUGUUUUGUUUUGGAAUUCUUCUGUGGUGUUUUAUGACUUUAAAUACUGUUGCCUAUGAAAUAUUCUACACAGGCACUUAGACCAGUUUAUUAUUCAUAAAACAUGUUUAUCCAAGUGCUAUUACUAUGUGAACCAAACAAAGAACUAAGUAUUUUUUAAUGAGUUUCCAAAACUCCAGUUCAAUGUGCAAGACAAAUCUGGGAUUGUCCUUGUUUUCUUUUGCAUUCCAUCAAGCCUGACUUGCAGAAAGUACUUAGCCAAUUUUGUGUUGGGCAUAGUUAUUUAGACUGUUGGCCACUUGGCCACAAUCCCUCUUCUUGAUCCUAUGAGCCUGAGCGAAUAGGAUAAUGCAAUGCAAGUCAAUAUCCCUUCACAGCCUAGUAUCUGAGUCUCAGACAAUCAGCCCAAAAUCGCUAACCCUUACAUGAUAAAAACAUCCUAAUUAAGUAUUGUUAAAAAAAAUUGCUUCUUAACUUUAAAUUCGUACACAGAGAACUUAAAUAUAACAGGAGUCAAGACAAAACAUGUCUUAAACAUUUUCUGGAAUGCAAUACAAAUCUCAAACAUUGUAAAAUCAAAAAUAAAAACUGGUUCGUACCAGUUUUCAAGUAUCAAAAUACAAAGUGAAUAUUUACAUCUGUGUUUAAUGGAUUUUUUAUUGUAUGUGUGGAAAGCAUUGGUUGAACAUUAUCUCCCUACAUAGUCUCUGAAGUAGUUCGUUCUUCCACUGGAUAAAUUUUAAUUUGCCUGUGUCUGUUGGGGUGAAACACAUGUACCCCAGGUGUGGGACGGUGUGGUGUUUCAGUGGCUAGCACUGCUGCCUCACAGCACCAGGAUCCCAGGUUCAAUUCCAGCC